AUGGGUCAUUGCUUCUCGUUGCCGUCUUCCUCAUCGGAGAUACACGAGGAGAAUGAGCACGGUGAUGGAAAUGCGGUGGUGUGUUAUGGCGAAGAGUUCGGUUUAGAUCAAGACCUUCCCGUUCAUCGCCUCGGUUCGGUCUGCUCUAUCAAAGGAAGCAAAGCGCUUAACCAAGAUAAUGCUGUUCUUUACCUGGGGUAUGGAACAGGGGAUGCAGAGCUAUGUGGAGUGUUUGAUGGGCACGGCAAAAAUGGGCACAUGGUGAGCAAAAUGGUGAGGAAUAGAUUGCCAUCGCUUAUGUCAACACUAAAGAAUGAGCUAAACCAAGAAUCUCAUGUUUGUGAAGAAGAACACAAGUGGGAAAAAGCUUGUUUCUCUGCCUUCAGACUCGUUGACAAGGAGCUUCUUCUUCAAGUCUUUGAAUGCUCAUUUAGUGGCUCCACUGCUGUUGUUGCCAUUACUCAUGGAGAUAAUCUCUUGAUAGCAAACCUCGGUGAUUCAAGGGCAGUGUUGGGGACAAUGAACCAAGAUGAUGAGAUCAGCGCAGUACAGUUAACAUCCGACCUAACACCUGACGUCCCUAGUGAAGCAGAGAGGAUCAGGAUGUGCAAAGGCCGUGUUCUCGCAAUGAAAACAGAACCGAGUAGCCAAAGGGUGUGGCUACCAAACCAUGACAUACCAGGAUUAGCCAUGUCAAGAGCUUUUGGAGAUUUCAGGCUCAAAGACCAUGGCGUUAUUGCGGUUCCAGAGGUCUCUCACCACCAAAUUACUACUCAAGACCAGUUCCUUGUACUCGCUACAGACGGGGUUUGGGAUAUGCUUAGCAAUGAUGAAGUUGUAUCGCUAGUAUGGAGUUCCCGGAAAAAUCAAUCCACUGCAGCUAAAUUGGUGGCGGAAGCAGCUGAAACUACUUGGAAGAAGAAGCUUAAAUCUAAGAAGAUUGAUGAUAUUACAGUAAUAUGUCUUUUCUUGCAUAACAAGGAACUACUAAGUUCUACUAUAGACACUUGA